AACUUCUCAGUUGCUUGUCUGCAUCUCACGUUGCUCCUAGUGCUUGCUCGGCCGAAUAAAUUAAUAUCAAUUUGGCCAAAUUUCCCUAACCAUACGACGUAGAUAAGUUCUGUUUGGCUGAUAACGACCUGCCCACAAAAAUCCAGGAACAUCUCAUAAGUUUUUUUAGUUAAAAAAAAGAUCGAAAUGUUACUGAAACUAAAUCAGGCACUGGCCCAGGGAGUUCGUCGUUAUUCGACCAAACGAAACGAUGUGGUCAUUGUGGCCGCUACUCGUACUCCGAUUGGGAGCUUCCAGAGUUCUCUUUCGUCGCUAUCGGCUACCCAACUUGGGGCUGUUGCCGUUCAGGGGGCAGUGAAGCAGGCCGGAAUCGCUGGAAGCGAUAUUGAGGAGGUUUACAUUGGUAAUGUCAAUGCAGCAGGAUUGGGUCAGGCUCCGGCUAGACAGGCCGUUAUUUUUGCUGGACUGCCCAAGAGCACAAUUUGCACCACUGUCAAUAAGGUGUGCUCAUCGGGUAUGAAAAGUAUUAUGCUCGGAGCCCAGACACUGAUGUUGGGUCACGGCAGCGUGGUUCUGGCCGGCGGCAUGGAAUCGAUGUCGAAUGUGCCUUACUAUUUGAAGCGUGGUGCGACUCCCUAUGGAGGAGUCCAGCUACAGGAUGGAAUAGUAUUUGAUGGGUUGACUGAUGUCUACAACAAAUUCCACAUGGGUAACUGUGCUGAGAAUACGGCUAAGAAAAUGGGUAUCACCCGACAGGACCAGGAUGAAUUUGCUUUGAGCAGCUACAAACGCAGCGCUGCAGCCUGGGCUGACAAGGCUUUCGAUGCCGAAAUUACUCCGGUGACAAUCCCCGGCAAACGUGGUAAACCAGAUAUCAUCGUAAAGGAGGAUGAAGAAUACAAACGGGUUAAUUUCGAUAAGUUCGGUCAACUCGCUACUGUGUUUCAACGAGAGGGUGGUACCGUGACCGCUGGCAAUGCCUCGACCUUAAACGACGGAGCUUCAGCCGUAAUUCUGAUGACCGCUGAAGCUGCCGAGAAGUUUAAGUGCAAACCUCUGGCUCGCAUUGUUGGAUUCGCUGAUGCCGAAACUGACCCCAUCGAUUUCCCAAUCGCCCCUGCCCUAGCUGUACCGAAACUUCUUCAACAAACCGGAGUCCGCAAAGAAGAUGUUGCCAUGUGGGAAAUCAACGAAGCUUUCUCGGUAGUCGUUGUGGCCAAUCAGCGCAAAUUGGAUCUGGACCCAUCGAAGGUUAACAUCCAUGGGGGAGCUGUUUCCUUAGGUCAUCCAAUCGGAAUGUCCGGAGCACGUCUCGUUACCCAUCUGGCGCAUUCACUCAAGGCCGGCGAAAUCGGAUGCGCUUCGAUCUGCAACGGAGGCGGUGGCGCUUCCUCGAUCCUGAUUGAAAAAUUAGCUAAUCCCAGCCCGAAAGAUCCCCAGACAGGUCAGCAAACAUUGCCUACUCUGACGCUGUUCACCCACGAUCAUUGCAGUCUGUGUAACGAUUUAAUGCAGGAAUUGGAGGUGCGUUUUUCCGGCCGUUAUCGCUUGGAGAAGGUGGACAUUACCAAGAAGGAAAAUGUACGGUACCUUAGGCUUUAUCGGAACGACAUUCCGGUGCUGCAUUUGAAUGGUCAAUAUCUCUGCAUGCACCGGUUGAAUGCGGAUCUGUUGGAGAGGAGGUUGCAGGAAUUGAAAUGAAGUUUCACAGUUUCUGGCAACCGUUGAUUCCUCAAUCUU